UUUUUUUGACGCGGGAAGUUUGGCGCGACCGGUCUGGAUUUAGUUGCGUGCAAGUUCGCAAUGUUUGUAGCUGGAUUCUAUUUUUUACAGUUUUUCGGAUGUAGUAUGGUUCUACUUUGUCGCCGCGCAAUUCUAUUAAUCUUUCAUUUUCGUUUUGCCAUAUUCUUUUUUUUAUUUUUGAGUAAUUUUAUAAUUUAGUUAGAUUUGUUUUCAUUUUUUUGAUUGAAUAAUGGGGAAAUUGUCGGAGAAUACACAGGCUGAAGAAGUACCAGAAAAUGAUGCAAAUAUUGAGACCAUGAAAGAACCUGUAACAGAAAAAGAAGAAUAUUUAUCUCUUUGUCAACUUGUCAAUCCAAUUUCACAACCUCUCGCGUCUAGAAAAUUGGCUAAAAAACUUUAUAAGUUGGUGAAGAAAUCAGCUAAAGAAAAGGGAUCUUUACGACAUGGUCUUUCUGAUGUCAUGAAGGCUAUUAGAAAGAAUGAAAAGGGUAUACUUAUACUUGCAGGAAAUGUUUCGCCAAUUGAUGUAUACAGUCACAUUCCAGCACUCUGUGAGGAAAAGCGUGCUCGUAGCGGGCUUGUUGUCCAGAUACCUGAAGAACCUUCUGAGCUGGUUUCAGUGAAGGUUUUUAUUAAAACCUCCAAUUGUCCAAAACGUGUUGAACUCUGUAGUGGUUGUUCGAAUAAAAUAAAACAAUUCCUUUGCGGAGAAUCUUCAGACAAUGAUCUUAAUGAUGAACUUAAUGUGGCAUUGCGUAAUUCGGAUCAGAAUCAUGUCAGUGAACGAGUAACUACUAAUUCAACUGUGGAAGGAGUAAAUGGAGUUUUAAACGGGAACGAUUCUUUAAAGGAUAACAACAAUGAACAAAAUUCUAUUGCGGACAUAAAUUCUAAUGAAGUUGUUAAUGAAACUCAAGAAUUUAUUAAUUGUGAUGGUUGUUUGGUUUCUGAUGUGGAAGUGGACUCAGUCACUAAUGAUUUUGUUGAACCUGAAAUGAAUAAUUUGUUAGAAGAAAUUGACCUUGCAAGUUCACCUAUUCAAAUAACAACUUGUGUCCCACCAGCUCUUUCAACGAAUGAGAUCAAUAUUGAACAUCAGAAAAAUCAAAAUAAUGAAAUUAAUAUUGAUGAUGGACAACACUGUACUUCUAUGGAGAUUGAUAAAAUUUUGGACAUAGAUGGUGGUAUUAGUGAAAGUGUUACUACAAAUAAUUUAAUGAAAGAUAUAAGCAUUGACGGAGCGUUUGAAAAUCUUAAUUCUGCAAUAAGUACCAUUAAAGAGCAACAAAUAAAAAUAAAUAAUGCGGCUGAUGACGAAGCGAUAGAGAAGUGUGGAAUGGGGAAUUGCGAAGUGAUAAUUAAAAAUUCUGAUUUUGAUCGGCUCGCAAAAAUUAUAGAGAGUGGACAAAGACGGAAGAACAUUAUUAAUAGCUCUGUAGAGGAUGACGAUAUCAACGCCGAGUUGGAUAGACAAAUACGGACGGUAGAUAAUCUAUUACGUGGAGGAAAUCGUAAAUCAAGGAAGGAUUCCAUCUCUUCUCCUAAAGUUUAUGACACUGAAUGUGAGGAUAGUGAGCACGUAAAUGAUGAGAACGAAAAUCGAUCUAGUGCUGCUUCUUCUGUAUCAGAUUCUCAGAAGUCUAAAAAUUCUUUUCUUAGAAAGCGUAAUUUGAGAUCACUCCCUGCUAAACAAUCAAAAAAUUCGAGCGAAAAUGGAAGCAAUGGAAGUAGUGAUUGGCUUUCAAAGAAUAAUGCUGAAAAGAGUGAGGCUUCUACCGAGAGUCCUGACGAAAGUGAUUCUGACACAGAUGAUACUUUUGUUGAAGCACCGAAGUUGACGCCAGCUCAGCGACAGGCUGACGCGGAAGUGAGACGUUUACUUCGUGAUACUCGCGUUAAAAUUUCUGAUAGUGAUGGUUCUGAUGCUACUAUAAUAAAAACUGAUGGUGAUGAUUCUGAUAGCGAUUCAGAUAGAAAGAAUCGGAGAGCUAAAUCCAAAAGACUUAAACUCAAGGAUCUUAAUUCUGAUGAAAAUGACGUUUCAAAUAAACCGUCCUCUUCUAAAAUAAUUUCAUCAGACGAACCAAAAAAACGAAUGACUGCCAAAAAAUCUCAUAUAGGCAAAAAUCUGGACGGUCCAAAUAGGAAGAAAAGGCGGAUUAUUUAUUCUGACGAUGAUGGAGAUGUUCAUUCAUUAGAUGGAGUCGAAAAUAACAAAAUUAGUGAUGAGGAAGAUUUUCCCAAACAAGUAGGUCGACGAAAAGUUAUUCCGAAGGAAAAAUUGGCUCAAGCGACUAAAGACGCGGAGAAAGCUGAAAAGGAGCGACGAAAGCGGUUAGAGGAGAAACAGCGCGAGUUCAAUGGGAUUGAAUUGACUAUUGAUGAGGCUGGCAAUGCAUCUUUAAUCAAUGAACAAUCUAUUCCCAAAUUGAAAAAUGUCAUUUUGGACAGAGACAGUGAGAGUGAAGCUCCAGUUCCCGUUCGAGUACAUCCAUUUCUCGUCAAAGUGUUGAAGAAACAUCAGGCUGAAGGAAUUCAAUUCCUCUAUAAUUGUACAAUAGAAUCACUUUCUCGAUUAGAUGAACCUGGUGGUGGAGCAAUACUUGGUCAUUGUAUGGGUCUUGGAAAAACUUUGCAAAUUAUUGCGUUUCUUCACACUAUUUUGACACAUGAAAAAAUUUCAAAGAAAAUCAAUAAAGUUUUGGUAGUUGUUCCUAAAAAUGUUGUUUUAAAUUGGAUGAAUGAAUUUGAAAAAUGGCUUUAUGGGGAGACUGAUUCAAUUAAUUAUUCGGAAUUAGACUCUUGGAGGACUUAUGAAGAACGUCUCAAAGCAAUUAAACGUUGGAUUAAUUUUGAAGGACCGUCAGUGCUUAUAAUUGGUUAUGAAUUAUUUAGAAUUCUAACUUUUACUGAUGAGGAUAAAGCUAAUAUGAGUAAAAAUCGCAGGAAGAAUGUACCUUUGAAGAAGAAAUUGCCAGCAACUAAAAAAUUGGAUAAGCUUAGGCCACAGUUUUGUGAAUAUCUACAAAAUGGUGAGAAGAUCUACUUUUAUAAAAAUAUUUUUAUUUUAGCUCCACAUUUACUUGUUUGUGAUGAAGGACAUAAACUCAAAUCACCUUCAACAGCGCUUUUCUAUACAAUUGACAAAAUAAAAACGCUGAGGCGAAUUUGUAUGACUGGGACACCCCUUCAGAAUAAUUUAGAAGAGUAUUAUUGUAUGGUCAACUUUGUAAAGCCAAAUCUUCUUGGUAGCCUCGAUGAAUUUAAGAGCCGUUUUUCUAAUAUAAUAAAAUGUGGAAGAUCAAAAGAUGCAAGUGCUUAUGAUGUUCGUCGAAUGCGUAGAAGAUGCCAUGUACUUUUUGAUCGACUUAAAUGUGUAUUAGAUUGGCGGGAUUAUAGUGUUUUGAGGAAUUCUCUUCCUCCGAAACAAGAAUAUGUUAUAAAUAUUCGCCUAACUAAAGUUUAUUUUAUUUAUAAAUUCAAAAAAAAAUUUAUUAAGGUCCAAAUAGAUUUGUAUAAAAAAUACUUGGAUUUUCGAAAUUUAACUGAGGAAAAACGUGGAACUAAUGAUGUUGGUGUGAGACUUCUUUAUGAUCAUUUGAUUCUUUAUCGUGUUUGGACGCAUCCAUACCUUUUGGUAGAACAUGUGAAACGUGAACAAUAUAAAUCUCAAAAUUCAAUUGAUGACUUCAUUGAUGAUGACUAUGAUUCAGAGGCAGAAAGUAAUGAUUCUGAUGAUAUUGUCGCUAUAGAUGCAUUAAAUGACAAUCCCUCUACCUCUUCUGCUAACAAUAAGAAUAACGAGUUCGAAAAUCCUUUAGAAAAUUGGGCAAAAGAUUUAGUUUCUGAAAAGGAUCGAAAUAAUUUUGCAUUGAGCAACAAAUUACUACUACUUAUUGAAAUUAUUAAAAAAUGUGAGAAGAUUGGAGAUAAAUUGUAA